ACUUCAACCACAACAGCAGGUCCGUGCGGCGCGCUGCGAUGACGUCACGCAGCUCUCUUGACGACGACAACAAACAUGGAGGAAUAUGCCCGCGAGCCCUGUCCGUGGAGGAUAGUGGACGACUGCGGCGGCGCUUUCACCAUGGGUGCAAUCGGUGGAGGGGUGUUCCAGUCACUCAAGGGCUUUCGUAAUGCCCCUGCUGGUGUCGCACACCGACUGAGAGGCAGCACCAACGCAGUGAGAGUACGAGCUCCACAGAUUGGAGGGAGCUUUGCUGUGUGGGGGGGUCUCUUCUCCACAAUUGACUGUGGUCUGGUUCGUGUCAGAGGGAAAGAAGACCCGUGGAACUCUAUAACAAGCGGAGCGCUGACUGGAGCUAUCCUGGCAGCGCGCAGUGGGCCCUUAGCCAUGAUGGGCUCUGCCAUGAUGGGGGGGAUUUUGCUGGCUCUCAUUGAGGGUUUUGGGAUCCUCCUCACCAGAUACACAGCGCAGCAGUUUCAGAAUCCUGUUCCCUUUGCAGACGACCCCAGUCAGUUGCCUCCAAAAGAUGCAGCACAAGUGUCAGGAAGCGUUAAGGAAUGAGAGCAGCUGUGGACACAGGGAGUCCCACCAAAGAGUAGCAGGGACACCGAGGUACUACAGCAGGUAUCAGGUGGAGAUACUGGUCACUACAGUGGUGUCAAGUAGUUGCACUUCAGGUUUUAUACCUCAGGAACAAAGUACUGUGAGUUUUAGUUUUAAGUGAAUGUUUAAGUGAGCGAGGAUCCUUCUGACAAACCUCAUGUCUGCACCUGCAGCAUCUCAUGCAACAUUUUAAUGCAUCAGGGGUUGUUGUCACUUUGCUGUGACCUCUUUGGGUUCAAUGUGCAAUUCUGAAAUGUAAAUACUGAACCAGUUUGAUCAGUUUGAACAUAUGAUGAACAAGAAUCCAAAGAUUUUAGAACUGUCAUAGAUUUAUUCAACUUUAAAGGUUAAAUGGCUGAUAAGUAGAAAAGUAGUUGUGUGUGAGUAGUAAAAACAACAUAUUUAUUCAGUGAGGUUUUACCAUUGAGAAUUGUAUUCUAGUACUAUAUUAGUAUUAUAGUAAACCCCAUUUAGGGGGUGGAGGAUGUUGUUUGGCACUGAAACUUUUCAAAAGGGAUAUUGAAGAAGCAGAUCCUGUGAACAUGUGAUGUUUAUUAACAAAUAAUGUACGACAACCAAAAUGCUAAAUGAACCAUCGGAAAUCAAACUAAACUAAAUCAUUCUAAUAAAAAAUUCUAAUUCUAUUGACUGGCAUUUACCAACUUAGCCACAUCUGCCCUGGUAAGAAGAGGGCGAGCUAAGCAGAGAGAUAAGUAAAUAAAACCACAAUCAACAUUAUGAACACACAUUUAUGUUUGGAUUCUGGGUUAAUUGCUCAGUCAAGACAACGACAAAACACAGCAACAUCACAAACACAUCCAAAUGAAACUUUACCACAUCAUUGCAUUAAUCAGAUUAUUUAGAAAAACUGCAAAUAAUGAUCAAUUGACCUAAGAGAAACAUUUUAAUAAAGGAAGAUGGGGCCUCAUGAAAAGUUGAGUUUGUUCUCACAUGUUUUCUUUGAGUCUAUGUCAAAGUUUUAAUUAUAUAUCAACGGAGACAAUCAAUGCAAACAGUGUUUUUAAAUCGUUUGUGUGCUUAAGUCGAGUCUUAGCUUAAAAAAAAACCCCAUUCCUGUUUUUGUUUGCACUUUUCCACCACCGGCAGCUUCUGUAACUUUGAGCAAAUAUUAUCUUCACACACUGGAAUGGAUUUGUUCAAGUCAUGUCUGUGAAAACUGCUGAGUUGCUAGAAACAAGUCCCUGGCUCAGUUCACCUUGGUUCUUAUGAAGCACCCGUCUUCUCUUUGAUCGCUGCUUUAUCCAUCAAGCACUUUUUAAACCCCCCCCAUCUCUCUGCUCUCUUUAAGUGGCAGCAUCUGCCUCGGCAGGGAGACGGGGCCGCACAAUCCAGUGUUUCACUGUCAAACUAUGUAUAGAGAGAAUUUCUAUUUUGUGUAUCGUGUUAAUUUAUUUAUCGUGCAGAAGUUGAUACUAACAAUAAAGGCAUCAAAUAUUCUUGAA